AUGGCUACCCUCUUCAAUCCUGACACGAAGCUGAAAGACGACAUCCUUCAACUCAGUCGCUCUGGCAACCCCGUGCCCCCAAAAGUUGCGUUACUCCAACUCCUCCGCAUCAGCUUUCCACAUGAAGAACCCAGCCCCCGGCCCUCUGCAACUACAUGGGCAUGGCAGAGUACUGCUUCCUGUGUGUAUUUCGCGUUGCGUACCAACCAGAGGAACCCCGAGUCUACGAAUGCCGCGCCACUGACGGCCCCUCGCAUCACGGCAGCGAGCGAUAGUUUUAUAGCACCAAGCAGCCAGAAUCAGACAACCAACCUCUCCAAAGCCCUCAGUGUUCUCAACCAAGCUUGGCCACCAAUACAAGCGAUCAACGACAUUCAUUGA